CACUUUUACCUUUCUGAAUGAGUUUAAGCUUUAAUUAGUGGCGGCAUAUGUACUAACUGGUCGUAAUUAGUACAACUUCGCUAAUUAAAGUCGUGCGCUAUGUCCACCACUAGCCGAUGAAUGCAAUUUCGGCAGCGUUGCCACUGCCAGCCGAAUCAGUACCGUUACAUCAUUUUGUAAUAGCGCCGCUUAGUUGGAAAUGAGAGUGCUAACUAAUAUAAGUAAAAUUCAAAUUGAGCGAUUAAGGCAGAUCGAGCGAGUCACACUGUUUACUCGAAUUCAAACGAAAGCAAGCACGGGGCACUUUCUACGCUACCCGGGAGCCAUCAUGCGACGAUCGUUCACGCGUGUUCUCAAAUUAAGUGCGUAUGUCUCGGUUCGCCAGUGGAUUGUAUAGCUGAAUGCUCCAAAUAUUUGCAGCCGCCGAAAUAAACUCCACACGACUUUGCCGCCAUGGAAAAACUCUGCUUUGAGAGGCUGGAGCAAAGCGUCGCGGUCUAUCAAUUAGCACCUGUCUCGUUCAGCACCUGCGUCUCCAGCAUAUGCGCCCCAUUGUGGCAUAGUAAGCUCCUCAAUUGCGGCCUGCGUCAGUCUCAGUCUCAAUCGAAACAUAGACGCGUACAAUACGUUCUCUCUCCCGUCUUUGGGGUAACUGUAAAAACCGAAAGUGGAAGUGCAGAGCAAAUAUAUAUAUAUGAACACAUAUACAUAUAUAUUUGUAGCUAUUUAUAUAUUUGUUUAGUUAUAUAGUUAACCAUGUCCGCUCGCACACAUUCCACGCGCAUCUUGGCCAUCGUCGCCCUCUUCUUCAGCAGUUACAUCGUGGGCAUUUACAGCGCGGCGCGGGCCAGCCUUCAGCUAACUCCUCUGAAUGCGACUCGCAGCGAGAACAGCUCUUUGGAUGCACUGGACGCGACGCUGUCUUCAGAGAGGAGCUUGGCGCACAGCAGCUCGAGAAAUCCUCGCUGGUUUCCCUUCUACACAAUUGGACGCUUCUCCAAUGACAUUUGCUUGGGCAACAACCUGCUCAUGGGCACCUGCAUGAUAAACGGCGAGUGCAAGGACAACAAUGGCGUCGCAGCGGGCAGUUGCUCCACAAUAACCAAUCAGGCCGUGUGCUGCAUAUAUCAACGCACUUGUGGCGCCAGCACCAGCUUCAAUAACACCUACUUCUACAACAGCAACUAUCCGGCACCCUAUGCCGGCGGCGGUCGUUGCACCAUUGUUGUGACUCCGCCGGACUCGACCAUUUGCCAGCUGCGCAUCGAUUUCAUGUCCUUGUCGCUGGCGCCACCAACUGGCGACGGCUUGUGCACGACAGACGCGUUAACCAUUUCGGGCGGUGCCUCGCAAGUGCCCACGAUUUGUGGCGAGAACUCCGGUCAGCAUGUCUAUGUGGACUUCAAUGGCGUCAGCCCCAUAACCAUUUCGGUGGCCACCUCGUCCGGUUACACGUUCAAUCGCAAUUGGCAGUUCCAGCUGCGCAUGAUGGGCUGCACCUCGUCCACGUUGGCGCCCGCUGGCUGCCUGCAGUAUCACAUGCCCUCCUCUGGCAAUAUUGCCAGCUUCAACUACGUGUCGGCUGCCUCUUCGGCGCUGAACUCCAUCGGAGUGCAGGGCACGAGGCAGCUGGCGGGCCUGCGCUACGGCAUCUGCAUACGGAAGGCCACCGGCGUCUGCUCCAUCACGUACAGACAGGUGGGCUCCGAUGCGUACUCCUUCACGAUGACCAACGAUGUGGGCGCCGUGGAUCCCACGCUGCUGGCCACGUCAGCGGUGCAGAGCCAGGACUGCACCACAGACUAUAUCAUCAUACCAGCGCCGACGCAAGGUGGCACCACUUUGCCCAGCGACCGGUUCUGCGGCUUGGGCUUGGUGCCCACGACAUCGGAUGCGAAACCUUUUGUUGUGUACGCUGUGACGGACUCCAACGAGGAGUUGGACAUAUCGAAUCGGGGCUUCUACUUGUCCUACUCACAGAACCCCUGCCCCGUGCUGUAGUCGUAAAUGCUUGUCAACUACAAUGAAAGACUCUGAGAACAAUAAGCAAUAAAUAGGCAAUACAUUAACUUA